CUCCGCCCAUCUCGUCCAGACCACGACUUUAUUGGCUGUGUGUCCAGGUGUAUAUAUAUAGGAAGCCACGCCGGCCGGCCCAUCACUCCCGCUGGCUCGGUGUUAUCUUGUGGAAAGAGGAGUAUCAUUCGCUAUGAUGGGCAUGAAGGAAGUGGUGACAGUGCUGCUGGUGGCUCUGAUGGUGGCGAGAGCUGCUGGUCAGUUCAGCCAGGGAUCGAUCCAGGGCGCUCUCAAUGCCGGCACGGACGAGAGUGACAAGAUUUUGCAGGAUGUCUUAUCGGACACCAAAAUCUCGGGCUUCGUCGACUGUAUGCUGAGUCCUUGGAACGAUAUUUGCGGCGAGCGAGCUCCUGUAAUGUCCAUCAUGAUCAAGUUCGCCCUGCGCAACAAUCUGCAGUGCAAGGACUGCUCUGACAGAGUCUUCCAGCAGAUGAAAUUCAUCGAGAACCGCCUCAGGUCCCACCCCGACCAGUGCGUCAGGCUGCUCCAUGGAGUCGGUUACAAGGAAUUAGCGAAGUCAGUGUGUCUAGAUCCCCGACCAUGAAGCAAACUAAAGCUGCUAAAGAGAAUGGUAUGAUACUUAAAUCGGCGUCAUUCUCUUAAAUUAAAACAAAACACAACAUUUUUAUAGUUAUUACCAAAUAGAGGAAGAAAAGAACAAAAAAUAAAAAUUGGUGUAGGAUGACCUUACUUCACGCUCAGUACACGGAUCAUUAUUUUUGCCAAGAGAAAGGAAGAGCGAAAGUUACAGAAAACGUGGAGUUGCAUGCUUUGAAUGAUCAAACAAAUGUACUGGAAUAAAGAAGUAAAAGUG